AUGGGCAGACGCACCCCUCAGCGCGCCAGCAGUCGCCCCUCCUGGGGCAGGCCCGGGGGGCAGCCAGUCCUGAAUGGGGACACAGCCCCUCAGGCCUGCGUGGACAAGCCCUGCCCCCAGGUGCCCGAGCCGCCCUCCUCCACUCCCCGCCCCGCCCCGCAGGCAGAGCCCGAGACUCGUGCAGAAGAAAUGUCACUUCUGGGCGAAGGAGGGACUUCCCAGUCUCUCCUCCUCUCCCUCUCCCUGAUGGAGUGCCGGGCAGUGUCACCACACAAGGGAGUCUUCCAGGAGCCCAGCCUGUCACCAUGUCAAGAGGCUGGCAGCUCCCGAGCAUCUUGGCAGUUGGCCGCAGCUGGCGAGCUCGCCAUCUGCUUCCACUGGGACAAACCCACUCUGGGGGGCUCCACUACCCCAGCCCUGAUCUCCAUCCCAGGACGACCCAACCUUCCCCUGCGGAAGGGCGGCUGCCGCUGGACCUCACACCCCGACAGGCCUCACCCCCAGCGCCUCCUCCGCCAUCAGGCUGCCCUGGUCUGUGGGUGA